CGAGUCCUUCGGCGGCCGUGACGGGAGCAGCGGCGGCGGCUGGGGGCGGCCGGGGCUGGGGGCUCCGCGGGGCCGCCGCGUCCGCAGCGCCGCGCCAGGAGGGCCACCGGGCGUCCCGUCACAGCCCGGGCGCUGAGGGGAGCAGCGGCCGUCGCCCCUGCGGGCGGGACGGACGGGCGGAGGGAGGGAGGGGGCGACCUCCUCCCGUCCCCCCUCCUCCCCCCCCCUUCCCCCCUUUCCCCUCCGCUCUCGCCCUGCCGGGACCCGCAGGGUGCGGGGAGCCCAGGCGGGGGCUGCCUGUGCGGCGGCCGCGGAGCAGCGCCCCCGCUGAGGGGGGAGGAGGAGAAGCCGAAGCCGCCCCCGCUCCAUGAGCGGCGCUCGUCCGCUCCGCUCUGCCCAGGGGAUCCGCGGCCGGCCGCCGCCGCAACAGCAGCAGCAGAAGCAUGUGGAGCCCGACCGAGGAGGAGAAAUACGGCGUGGUGAUAUGCAGCUUCCGUGGAGCUGUGCCGCAAGGCUUAGUCCUGGAACUAGGUGAAACUGUCCAGAUCCUAGAGAAAUGUGAAGGCUGGUACAGAGGUGUUUCCAUUAAGAAGCCCAAUGUAAAGGGGAUUUUUCCUGCAAACUAUAUUCACUUGAAAAAGGCAAUUGUCAGUAACAGAGGGCAAUAUGAAACAGUCGUUCCACUUGAAGAUUCUGUUGUGACUGAAGUCACAGCAACACUACAGGAAUGGGCUGUGCUCUGGAAACAGCUGUAUGUGAAACAUAAGGUAGAUCUUUUCUACAAACUGCGCCAUGUGAUGAAUGAACUCAUUGACCUACGUAGACAGCUGCUGUCAGGUCACUUGACACAGGAUCAGGUGCGAGAGGUCAAGAGACACCUCACAGUGAGGCUGGACUGGGGCAAUGAACAUUUGGGCCUAGAUUUAGUUCCUCGGAAGGACUUUGAGGUUGUGGAUUCAGAUCAGAUCAGUGUUUCAGAUCUUUAUAAAAUGCAUUUGUCAAGUAGACACAGUGUCCAGCAGAGCACAUCACAGGUGGAUACAAUUCGUCAGCGUCAUGGAGAAGCUUGCCGUAUGCCAGUGCCUCAUCACUUCUUCCUCAGCCUAAAGAGCUUCACCUACAAUACAAUUGGAGAAGACACAGAUGUCUUUUUUUCUUUGUAUGAUGUUCGAGAAGGCAAGCAGAUCAGUGAGAGGUUUAUGGUGAGGUUAAACAAGAAUGGAGGCCCCAGGAAUCCAGAGAAGAUAGAUCGAAUGUGUGCACUUUUCACGGAUCUCAGCAGCAAGGACAUGAAGAGAGACUUGUACAUAGUUGCCCAUGUAAUUCGAAUAGGUCGCAUGUUGCUAAAUGAUUCGAAAAAAGGGCCCCCACAUUUACACUAUCGCCGCCCCUAUGGCUGUGCAGUGUUAAGCAUCAUGGAUGUACUUCAGUCAAUUUCUGAAAUAAAAGAAGAGAAGGAUUUUGUUCUCAAAGUUUACACGUGUAACAAUGAAAAUGAAUGGUGUCAAAUCCAUGAAAAUAUUAUUCGCAAGUCCAGCACCAAAUACACAGCACCCAGCUCAAACUAUGGACUUAUAAUAUCUCUUCAGCUUCUUCGUGGUGACAUGGAGCAGGUUCGAAGGGAAAACCCCAUGAUCUUUAACAGAGGGGUUUCUGUUACCAGGAAGCUGGGUUUCCCUGAUGUCAUAAUGCCAGGUGACAUACGCAAUGACUUAUACCUGACAUUAGAAAAGGGAGACUUUGAAAGAGGUGGGAAAAGUGUGCAGAAGAACAUUGAAGUGACCAUGUAUGUUCUGUAUGCGGAUGGAGAAAUCUUGAAGGACUGCAUCAGCCUGGGCUCAGGAGAGCCAAGCAGAAGUGCAUACCACUCUUUUGUUCUUUACCACAAUAACAGCCCUCGAUGGGGGGAAAUCAUCAAGUUGCCCAUCCCCAUAGACAGGUUUCGUGGGUCUCACCUCCGGUUUGAGUUCAGACAUUGCUCCACAAAAGACAAGGGAGAAAAGAAGCUCUUUGGUUUCGCUUUCACUCCACUGAUGAGAGAUGAUGGCACUACCUUGUCAGAUGAUAUCCAUGAACUUUAUGUUUAUAAGUGUGAUGAGAAUAGCACAUUUAAUAAUCACGCACUCUACCUGGGGUUGCCUUGCUGCAAAGAGGACUACAAUGGCUGCCCCAACAUCCCUUCCAGUCUCAUUUUCCAGCGCAGCACCAAAGAGACCUUUUCAGUCUCCACACAGCUUUCUUCUACCAAAUUGACCCAGAAUGUGGAUCUGCUUGCUCUACUGAAAUGGAAAGCUUACCCAGAUCGUGUGAUGGAUAUCCUAGGAAGACUGAGACAUGUCAGUGGCGAGGAAAUUGUUAAGUUCCUACAAGAUAUCCUCGACACGUUGUUUGUAGUUUUGGAUGACAACACAGAAAAGUACGGCUUGUUGGUCUUUCAGUCUUUGGUGUUCAUCAUAAAUCUACUGCGUGACAGCAAGUAUUUUCAUUUUCGACCUGUGAUGGACACUUACAUUCAGAAGCACUUUGCAGGAGCACUGGCUUACAAAGAACUGAUCCGAUGUUUGAAGUGGUACAUGGACCGUUCAGCUGAGCUUGUGCGCCAAGAUCACAUCCAGGAAGCAAUGAGAGCCUUGGAAUAUCUUUUCAAGUUCAUUGUCCAAUCUCGGAUCCUUUACUCCAGAGCUACUUGUGGAAUGGAGGAGGAACAGUUCCGCACCAGCAUCCAGGAGCUUUUCCAGUCCAUCAGAUUUGUGCUCAGCUUGGACAGCAGGAGCUCUGAGACUCUCAUCUUCACACAGGCUGCUUUGCUGAACUCCUUCCCCGCUAUCUUUGAUGAGCUGUUGCAGAUGUUCACUGUGCAGGAAGUAGCAGAGUUUGUGAGGGGUACUCUGGGCAGCAUGCCCAGUACCGUGCACAUUGGACAAUCAAUGGAUGUUGUUAAGCUACAAUCCAUUGCACGCACUGUUGACAGCCGCCUGUUCUCUUUCUCAGAGUCCCGGCGUAUCCUGCUACCUGUGGUUCUUCACCACAUUCACCUUCACCUACGACAGCAGAAGGAGCUACUCAUCUGCUCUGGCAUUCUCAGUAGUAUUUUCUCCAUAAUCAAGACCAGCUCUUUGGAGGGAGAUGUCGUGGAGGAGGUUGAGAUGAUGGUGGAAAGCCUCCUGGAUGUGCUUUUACAAACUCUGCUUACAAUCAUGAGUAAAUCGCAGUCUCAGGAGGCGGUAAGAGGGCAGCGUUGCCCGCAGUGCACAGCAGAAAUCACUGGAGAAUACGUGUCCUGUCUUUUAUCUUUGCUCCGUCAGAUGUCAGACACUCAUUUCCAGCACUUGCUGGACAACUUCCAAAGCAAGGAUGAACUAAAGGAGUUCCUCCUGAAGAUUUUUUGUGUAUUUCGGAACCUGAUGAAAAUGAGUGUCUUUCCUCGAGACUGGAUGGUGAUGAGGUUGCUCACCAGCAAUAUCAUAGUUACAACAGUUCAGUACCUGUCUUCCGCACUGCACAAGAAUUUCACAGAAACAGACUUCGAUUUUAAAGUGUGGAACUCCUAUUUCAGCCUGGCAGUGUUGUUCAUAAACCAGCCAAGUCUGCAACUAGAAAAUGCCACACCAGCUAAGAGAAAGAAGAUUCUAGAUAAAUAUGGUGAUAUGAGAGUGAUGAUGGCAUAUGAGCUCUUCAGCAUGUGGCAGAACCUGGGUGAACAUAAGAUUCAUUUUAUUCCGGGAAUGAUUGGCCCUUUUCUUGGUGUUACACUUGUUCCACAACCAGAAGUCCGAAAUAUCAUGAUCCCUAUCUUCCAUGACAUGAUGGACUGGGAGCAGAGAAAAAAUGGCAACUUCAAACAGGUGGAAGCUGAGUUGAUUGAUAAGCUGGACAGCCUGGUAUCUGAAGGAAAAGGUGAUGAGAACUACAGAGAACUCUUCAGCCUACUAACCCAGCUCUUUGGGCCUUAUCCCAGUUUGCUGGAGAAGAUUGAGCAGGAAACAUGGCGGGAAACUGGAAUCUCUUUUGUUACAUCAGUUACUCGCCUCAUGGAGCGUCUGCUUGACUAUAGGGAUUGUAUGAAAGGCGAUGAAACAGAAAACAAGAAAAUUGGCUGCACUGUUAACCUUAUGAAUUUCUAUAAGUCAGAAAUUAACAAGGAAGAGAUGUACAUCCGUUAUAUCCACAAGCUGUGUGACAUGCACUUACAGGCUGAGAACUAUACAGAGGCUGCAUUUACUUUGCUUUUGUACUGUGAGUUGCUUCAGUGGGAGGACAGACCUCUGAGAGAGUUCCUGCAUUAUCCAUCUCAGUCAGAGUGGCAACGUAAGGAAGGUCUGUGCCGUAAGAUUAUCCAUUACUUCAACAAAGGGAAGAGCUGGGAGUUUGGUAUCCCGCUGUGCAGAGAGCUGGCCAUACAGUACGAAAGCCUCUAUGACUACCAGAGCCUCAGCUGGAUUCGGAAAAUGGAAGCUACCUAUUAUGAUAAUAUCAUGGAACAGCAGCGCUUGGAACCUGAAUUUUUCAGAGUUGGUUUUUAUGGUCGAAAAUUCCCAUUUUUCCUGCGGAAUAAAGAAUACGUGUGUCGGGGCCACGACUAUGAGAGGCUGGAAGCCUUCCAGCAGAGGAUGCUGAGUGAGUUUCCACAAGCCAUUGCAAUGCAGCAUCCCAACCACCCGGACGACUCAAUAUUACAGUGCGAUGCCCAGUAUUUACAGAUCUAUGCAGUCACUCCCAUCCCAGACAAUAUAGAUGUGCUACAAAUGGACCGUGUCCCUGAUCGCAUAAAGAGCUUCUACAGAGUCAACAAUAUCCGGAAAUUCCGCUAUGAUAGGCCUUUCCACAAAGGCCCAAAGGACAAGGAGAAUGAAUUUAAGAGCUUGUGGAUUGAACGUACCACUCUGACCUUGACUCACAGUUUGCCUGGGAUUUCUCGUUGGUUUGAAGUGGAGAGAAGAGAACUGGUUGAAGUAAGUCCUUUGGAAAAUGCCAUUCAAGUGGUUGAGAACAAAAACCAGGAGCUGAGAACACUGAUAAGCCAGUACCAGCAUAAACAAAUGCAUGGUAACAUUAAUCUUCUCAGCAUGUGUCUGAAUGGAGUGAUUGAUGCAGCUGUGAAUGGAGGAAUUGCACGAUACCAGGAGGCCUUUUUUGAUAAAGAUUAUAUCACGAAGCACCCUGCAGAUGCAGAGAAGAUCACACAGCUCAAGGAACUCAUGCAAGAACAGGUACAUGUUUUAGGAGUGGGUCUGGCAGUCCAUGAGAAAUUUGUACACCCAGAAAUGCGUCCUCUGCAUAAGAAACUGAUAGACCAGUUCCAGAUGAUGCGAUCCAGUUUGUACCAUGAGUUACCUGGUUUGGAUAAGCUGAGUCCAGCCUGUUCUGGCACUAGUACACCACGCGGCAAUGUUCUCGUUUCGCACGGACCAAUGAGCCCGGAGAGCAUAAAGCUGUUGCAUCGACACAGCCCACUGAACAUGCUUGGUUCAGUCCGACACUCGUCAUCCUCUCUGUCAUCACACACCUCCAGCGAAACUGGAAACCUGGUUAUCCUGACAGACAGUUCCGUGGGGGAGACUGCUGAGGAUAUGUACCACAUGCAGCUUGUUUACCCUAACUCCAGGUACCAAGGCUCAGUCACCAACGUGUCUGUUUUAUCCUCAUCCCAGGCCAGCCCUUCCACCUCAAGCCUGAGCUCUACCCACUCAGCACCAUCCCAGAUGAUUAACUCUGCCCCUUCCAGUGCACGAGUGCUGGUGAAAGGUGCUGGAUUGACACCACUGGAGGCUGAAGCCCUCUAUUUAUCCACAGAACAGAUACAGCAUGGGCGGCAGCCGUGCAAGCUUCCCCACGCUGCCCCCACCAAUGUGCCUCAUCUCUGUCCUGGAGGGACCACCUCUAGAGGCUCUCCCUCUCUACCAGAUAAGUACCGCCACACUCGGGAGCUGAUGAUGUUGCUGCCAACCCACCGGGACCGACCUAGCAGUGCCAUGUAUCCCACGGCUAUCAUGGAAAAUGGACAGCCUCCAAAUUUCCAGCGCGCCUUGAUCCAGCAAAUGAUUGGGCCUUGCAAACCUUGCAGUGAUCCCAACCUGUCUGUGGCUGAGAAAGCUGUGCCAGCAGCGCCCAGUAGCUGGAGCCUAGACAGCGGAACAAGAGAGGCCCUGCCAUUCCUGUCUGCCCACGUUGGGAGCAUCUUGGCCCCACCAGUACCUCCCCGAAGCCUGCCCCAUGGACACUACGCGCUGCACUUUGAUGCCUUCCAUCACCAGCUCAGUGAUGCUCCUCCGGCACUGCCUGCACGAACACUGCGCAAGUCCCCUCUUCAUCCUAUCCCUGCAUCACCCACCAGUCCUCAGUCUGGUCUAGAUGGAAGCAACUCCACUUUAUCCGGCAGUGCCAGCAGUGGUGUCUCUUCCUUGAGUGAGAGUAAUUUUGGACAUUCUUCUGAGCCACCUCCUCGCACAGACACCAUGGAUUCUGUCCCCAGCCAGGCCUGGAACACUGACGAAGACCUAGAGACACCCUACCUCCCUGUCAGGUACAGUCUCUCUGAGCCUGAUGUCCUUGAGUCGCUCAAAUCCCAGCCAUGCCGAAGCCACUCCGCUCCAUCAGGAGUCAUUCCUCAGGACACCAUGGACCCUCCCGCUCUACCCCCCAAACCGUACCACUCCCGGCUGCCAAACAUGGAGAACGAGGAGGGAAUGAUAAUUGAAGAUGAUGACAAACACCGCCCGUUGCAUCGUAAAGUGUCCCAGCCAGUGAGCGGCGGGAAGGAAGAGCAGGCCAGGGUAGCAUGGGAGCAUGGCAUCAGUGAGCAGUAGGGACAACUCCUGGUGAGCAGCUUGCAUCAUCAGUCCAGGUCUGAGCAGAAAGCAGAGAGAUGAGGACUCAGAACAGCAAGCCGCCUUUCUACUGCCGCAGGUUUAUGGCUGGAGCCCACACAAGCAACUGGGCCAGCAUGGGAGGUUGCUGCUUUCCUUUUAAAUUUCUUUUUACACCUUUCCGUUAUGUUUUUUAACUUUUGGUGCAGUGGAUGGUUAUUCCUUCUGCAGUUUCGUAACCGCACCACAUGGCACACAAGCCAUAGAGACCUGCAGAAGCUGAAGAAUACAAUUUUAAGCGGCAGGGGAAGAAGGGGGAAAUUUGGCAAGUUGAUUUUGAAACUGCUUUCCUCCUAGUUCUGAGACCCACGUGAGUAGAAGCAGUUGCACUAGGGACAUAUUUUGUUGCUGUACAGAAGUGAAAGCUCAUUGCUGAAAUCAGGGAUUUUAUGAACUGUCGGUCUGGAAGGUGCAUGAGCUGCAGGCAGUGGAAAAGAUGGCAAUUCUAAGAAGAAAUUGGCUCUUUUGAGAGCAGGAUUGUACAUAUCUGUGCAGUGAUCUCCCUGCAUUGGUUCAUGGGUGCUGAGGCAAUCUAACCAGUGCUGAUGCGCUGAUUUCCAAGAUAUCAUUUCCAACAAACUCUGCCUCCUUUGUUUUUUAUGUACUGUUUGAUUUCUUAAAUUUUGCUUUCACUGGCUAAACCAACCUGCUUUCUCAUUGGAACCAUACGCUAUUCAUCAGUGCUACAGGAUGAGGGGAGGUUAGUAGCCAUUGGAGCUGCGACUGAUUGUAGGCCUUUCCCAUGCCCGACUUCGGGCAGGCUGUUGACACCAGCAUUUCUAUUCUGGUUUAAAAAAAAAAAAAAAAAGUUUCUCAUGCCACAGCUGGUUGGCAACUCACCAGUAAAGAAAAGGUGGCUUAAAUGCAUCACGUCCAACAAUCCUUGCCUCAGGGCUGAACAUCACCGUUCUCAUCGCCUUCCAUCACCCAGGAGCUGAGAUUCAUGAGAUUCAUCACCCAACACCAUGCUGUCCUCAGCCCCUCUAAAUCUCACCACAGCUGGUGUGCAGCAGCUCCAUCUCUCACAGCAGACAGAAAACACUUAAGACGCAAGAAAAGCCCAGUGUUUAGUGUGCACCCUAGAGUCAGGAAUCUUAAAGGCAACCUGUAAAGAAGAAACAUUUGUUUCCUCUUUUGCUUCUUUAGAAUGUAUAAGAAGCUUAAGAGCUUCUCUCUUCUGGAAGGUUUCUUUUCUCCCCAUGCAGUAAAACAUCUUUCCCCCUAUGCCCUGCCUCCUCCCACCCCCCUCUUUUUAUUUAUUUAUUUAUUGUCAGGCUCCAGAAAGAAAUAAAGAAUUUGGUGCAAGUGUAGUUUUUUGUGAUUUUGGUGGGAAAAAAAGAAAAAUCAGGAAACGGAACUAUGCAGAGGUGGAGACAGUACAAGUCUAUGUAUACAAAACAAGCCUUUUAAUCAGUAUUUUCUUAGUUCAGUACAAGACAAGCCAGGAAAAAGUUCUGUGGUAACAGAGCCAAGAUCUGUUCUUCAAAAAGAACUAUAAGAAAUCUUUUAUUCCUAUUUUCGUAUUUUUCAAGAAACUUUCAAUCUAAAGAAAGCAUCAAAUAUUGAAUGUUUUUAGAUAAGCAAUGCUCCUUUCUGCUACUAUGCACGUUUUAGCCUUCCUUAUAACCAUGUCCACCUGCAGAUUGCAAAGCACACUUCAGACGAUGGUAAGUUUCCACUGAAAAAUCUGAAGCACAUUCAAAUGAAGACUUACCUCCACCACAUAAAUUAGUGUCAGAAACAGGAAUAGCAUCAACUGUUAUAUCCAAUUAUUGCCCUAGCCACUCAGUUUCUCAUGCUACAAACAGUGUAAAGAAGCAAAAAAGGAUCUAAGUCUUUUACAGGUCACCUUUAGCACUACCUCUAAAUACAGCGACUGGGCAGAGUACGUUGCUUCUGAACUCCUAAAGAUGGUCAGUAUGAAAUCUGCGCUCUGUCAGCUGUCAUACGAAGGGGAUUUUAAGAGGAUGUAUUCGUUUUCUUUCUCAAGCUCUAGCCCAUGCAAAAGUAAUAAAUUAUGGAUUUGUUUCUUAAAUGGCCUGUUUGGCCUGGAACAAAGUCUCUCGUGCUUCCUCUAUUUUGUUAUUAACACAGGCUGCUUGUAAUCCUUACGACCUUCACAGUUAAGAAGAGAAUGAUAUUAAAACCUGACCUACAGCAGACAUUUCAUCUCUAGCAGGAACAAGUUUUCCAAUGGUAGGACCAUCCUAACUGGUAAUGAACCAAGCUGGGUCUGUGGUAUAGAACACAGGUGUGAAAAUUCAACUCAAUUAUGUUUUCAGUGAAGGUAAGUCAAGGUAAUUCCUUAGAAAUUAGUGUAAUAUUUCCAGUGUGUUAUCCUUCAAUUUGACUGAGAUUCUUCAAGAGAAAUUCUUAAGAGAACCAAACAUUCAAUUCCACCUCCCCUACCCCUGUUUCUUGUUUUGUUUUCUGGCGGGAGGGUUGAAAGUAGUAAAGGUACUGAUUUACUGAACUUCCUCACUGGGGAAAAAGAAACAGCAGGUCUUGAAAAUAAAAAUUUGCAAAAGCAAGAAUGCAAUGAACAUGGGACUAAGUCCCAGUCAGCUGGAAAACCUGCCACCUGGAGCUCUAAUCAGUCUUACAGUGUGCCACCUUGCUCUGAUUAGAGAGACUACAACAGCAGUUGAGUCCCUUUUGGGUAUCUGACAUAAUUACAUAUUUGUAAGGGUCUGAAGAUCAAUCAGAUGUUGUAUACAAAUACCUAAAUUAUGACAGAUCCACACAAAAAAAAGGACGGAAUUACUGAAUUUACUAAAUACGAGCCUCUCUGAAGUUAAGUUUCUGUUACUGUUCUGAUGUCUACCACAUAUUCUGUCUCCCUUUUCAGUGCUAACUUAAAGGGUGCAGAAGAUAAACGGCUAUUGAGAUCUUGUGAAUGCUGGAACUAAUAAUGCAUGGAAGUAAUACUUCUCUGGAGGGUGGGGUGGCUGAUAGCAUAGUACAGCUCCAACAGCAAACUCAGGCCUGGAGCAGGUGGAAGCAACAGCAGUUGUUGCACUUGUCUAACAGGAUUGGAAGAUUCUUUGUAUAAACCACAGUGACGGGAUGUUUUGAACAGGACCCGUUCAUGCUAUACUUAACUCUGAUUUAAAUUUAAUAUGUACUUGGGUUUUCUUUGCAUAACAAAAUAGCAUGUGCAUUCCUCAAAAAAUUGGCGGAAUUCUGCAAAUCUCUCCAUCGUGAGUGUACCUGCUGGCCCCAUCUGAAACAAAAAGGAGAAGAAACUACAGUAAUAGAAGAAAAGCAAUUAGAAAAAAUUCUCUGAAUCCCACCCUUUUUUUUUUUUUCAAUGACUGGGUUGGUUUUCUUGCAGUGCCCAAAACUAAGAUUCUUUUCCGUCCUUUCCUUCAUUUCCUUUUUAGCUUACUUACCAUUUCUUAGGUAAGGGAUUCUUGCAUAUCCCUUCUGUGGGAGAAUCAGCCAAAACUGGGGAGGCUGGAGAGAGCAAGAGCCUUUGGGAAACAAAUUAUGUGAUAUUUGAAAUUUCCUCUAAUCAUGCUUCUUUGUAAAUACUCCCAUUUGAAUGCUGUGUAUUUGUACAGGAAAUUGAGCAAAAAAUGUAUAGAUUGUGAUGUCUGACUGGUAUUCUGCCCUGUAAAUGUGUUUUUAACCUCUGGCAUUCUGUGCUUAUUUAAAAAAAGGCAAAAACCUCUAACCACUUCUCUUUUGUGUAUCCAUGUUUAAAAUAAAAUCAAAACAGCUAUCUUAUCUAUAACGGAAAUCAAAUUUAAAAGGAAAAAAAUAAUUUGUACAAGUGUCCUGAAGGUACUUCAUUGUAUAUAUUGUGAUAGCAUGUUUCCAGAACCAACAAAUAAGUGGUGUGAAUUUUAGAUGUAAAUAUCUGCUGUUUGUUUUGGGUUUCUUUCCCUUACCCAUUCACUCGACUGCUGUGAUGUGGAAUUAAAGAUUAAUACCUGAUAU